UCAAGUUCUUUUCAAUUAAAAAUCAUGAGAUUGCUUGCUACGUUGACAAUUUCUGGCUUAUUGUUUAGUGUAACUUUAGGUCAAGGAGAUGAUUCACAAGGAGAUGAAAAAGAACUUACACCACUUGAAAAGAGGGAGAUAAAACAAAUCGAAGCAGAGCAGAAAUUAAGAGGUAUCAUAGGAUCAAUGGGUACAAACCAACAUUAUAAAAUUCCAUCAAGUUUUAAAGACUUUGGGAGACGGUUUGUCCUACAGUAUCCGUAUUAUGAGAAAGAUCUUCCCCUUAACAUCACCGAUGAAUCAAGUUUGGAUAGAGUAGUAAAGCAAUAUUUAGCAAAUAAAAGAAACUCGGAUGACUCGAUUAUACCAGUACAGGCUCCAGAGGAAAUUGUGGUAGCAGUAGCAAAACAGUCAGCGAUAUUUAACGCUCCUACACCACACGAUGACACAAUAGAGAAGAAAAUACUUCGUACUGGGGAUUAUUGGAAUGACGUGUUCAUAGAAGAGGUUGAUCCGAGUAAUAUUUUGAGAACUAAGGAAACGCCUAAAGUUGCUGGUCCGAAACCUGUGCAAGGAGGGCGAGGAAACUUCCGUAACUUAGCAAGCACCCAGGAGGAGGAGGAUGCAUUUGAUUACGUCAAAUAUAGAAAUGUGCCAAAACCAACUGGUGUCAUUGGAUCCAUAGCGCAUAUGGUAAAAGGUGCGUUGGGUGGCGGAAUUUUGGGUGGCCAUGUCGCUUAUAUGAAAGCAGGUGUCUGGAUUGCUGUACCGUUCAAUUUCUUGUUCGGUAUCUAUAUGGGAUAUUGUUUAUAUAUUCUCGUCAUGUCCGCACAGAAGCUAUAUAGAAGAACUCGUAUCCCCAGCAUGUCAUAUCCAGACGUGGGUGAAGCUGCAAUGGCGUGUUGUCCCAAUCCGAAAGUGGCACGGUUUUCGAGAUUCUUUAGGUAUUCAAUUGACGGUAUAAUAUGUCUCGAUCUGUUUGGUGCGUGUGCCUGUUACCAGAUUAUUAUAGCGAAGUCGUUGAAACAGCUUGUGGAAAACACGCAGAAAACGUCACUGGACAGUAUCGGUCCAGGAUAUCCUGACCUUCGAGUGUACUUGGCGUGUAUGAUUCCACCAAUAAUUCUUAUAUGUUUGAUCACACAUCUCAAAUGGCUAGCGCCAUUUUCUAUAGGCGCAAAUAUAGUCGUUUUGAUCAUUAUAUUCACGGCGGUGUACUAUGCGUUUGUAUACAACCCAACGUUCACCGGUUUGGUGCCUAUAACAAAACUAUAUAGCUACUUCGAGUUUGUCGGCAUGUCUGUGUUUAGUAUGUCCUGUUCGGGUGUGGUGAUACCCAUAGAGAAUAAUAUGGCCAACCCGAAGAAGUAUCCUAUUGUUUUGUGUACUGGCAUGUCCCUGAUCAUCUGCUGCACAUUUUUGGUGUCGUUCUUCGGAUAUUCUGCUUUCCUUGAAAAUUGCGAGUCGCCUAUCACCGUGAAUUUUCCAAUGACAACCGGACCCAAGAUUCUGAAAGUGCUGAUCGUUGUAAUGAUUUACAUUACCCACGCGUUAAACUUUUGGGUGCCGUUUAACCUCUGUUUCUAUUACCUGAAGUUUUUGCAUCCAGAACAAAAGCACCUCAUGUGGGAACUCAUUUAUAGAGCCAUUUUUGUUGCUAUGAUUGGAUGCAUCGCUAUCGUGUUCCCGAAUAUCAACGCUUUGAUGGGAUUCCUCGGAACAUUUUGCCUGUCCAACAUGGCGUUCAUUUGGCCAAAUAUUAUCUACCUUUUGACCAAUUGGGAACGACCAGGCCUCGGGAAAUACUACUGGCGUUUGUGGAAGUCGCUCUUUUUAAUCUUAAUUGGAUGCUUCUUGCUUCUUUGUGGUUCCGUGGUCAAUAUUAACGAGCUGAUGUCCGUGUUUAGAUAAGUGCAUGCCUUUAUAUCGAAAAAUUUCGAUAGUGGCCUUACUUAGUAACUUGGUAACUCAUUCGAGCUGAUAAGAAACGUUGACAAAAUUGUUUUUUAAUAAGCAAUGCAUCGCUACUAAUAAUGUUAUUAAUGAACAAAUUACAGAAUUCACACAAGUUUUUAGCUGUUUGCGUGAUUGUUAUUGUGUUUGUUUAGAUAGAGAUUUGUUUUAUUGUUAUCCUCAAAUGUUUGUGGUUUAGAAAGAGUGAGACUGAUAGGCUUAUUUAAAAUUUUUAUUGCAGUUAUUAGCUGGGCAUGCUUUGGCUAUUUUAUUUUUAUA